AUAGCGUUGUGUCCUCCUUCGAAACCCAGCUAAGUAUUUUUCUGCUCCCCUCCCGUCUCAAAGCCGUUUUAUAUUUUUGAAUUAAUGUGACUUUUGAAAUUAUUCAAGACUCUGGCUCGUCCAAUUUGCGAUAAUGAAGAUCACUAUUUCUAUUCUUUAUAUUACCUCAGCAGUUUCAUUUUCCACUAUUGAAGCGAGUUCUCACGGAUCUGGGAGCAGCGGACGUUCUGAAAAUGCAAGUCUUCAAUCUUAUCCUCUAAACUUUAUACCAGGACUCAAGAUACCUUCAGGUGAACAGUUAAGGCACCGUCAUCAAAUUAUUGCAGUCAACCAAAAUGGAGUUGUUGUUCCAUACUUUCACUUGGAUUCAUUUACUAUACUGAAGCCAACGGGAAGGAAAUGCCAAAAUGAUUCAGUAGUGUUCCAGCCUGUCCACGUAUCCGAGGAUGAGUGGCUAUUGUAUGUCGCUGCCUAUGCUAGGGCUGCAAAUCGUCCCUGGGUACUUGACAGUGCUAUACACACGAUAACGGAGUUGCAUCUCUAUAAAGUUGAGGCUCAACGGGCUACUGAUCCUGAGGCUCAAAACGCUGGUCAACAUGGAAAUCAAGUGGCUGCUUAUCGAGCCGCUACACAAAAUCGACGUAAGAAACACCAGAUAAAUUCGAAUGACCGAGGCGAUUCAAGCGAUUUAGGACUGGCUCGAUUUAAUAUUAACACCCACCCACGGAUAUCAACGUCUGGUUCUGGUUUUGAAUCUAGUACUAGUGAAUACCAGGGCACACCCAGGCCUUUGACGACCGGGGAAACGCGAACCUUGUUAAAUGAUUCUAAAAACAAAUCAGAUACCAGAAAAUAA